UUAGAUAUUAUUAUAUCUAUCAUAUCCUGGUUUCUCGGAUAAGGCUUGAUUUUAUUAUGAAUGAUACAAUAGCCAUUUAUAAAUUGUUGGUUGGUGAUGUACGCAGCUGUUGCGGAAACGUGAAGAAUGUUGUCCGGGUUCGAAUGGCAGAGGUCUGAAUCGACGGACGUUUCAGAUUGUACGGCGUCGUCCCAAUCUAAUUUUCGUCGUGAAUUUGCCAAAAGAAGUAUCGAGCUUAGACGCUCGAAGAGUGCCCACAAUGGAAUACAUGCAACUUCCUGGAGCACCAGCACACAAACUGAAAGCUCUCACUCCAGUUUUGAUGAUGACGAUGACGCUGAAGAGUCCGCGUCCCGCAGUAGAAGAAAGCAUCGCCACCACAGAAACCGUUGUAGGUCCAAGCGUCUACCCCCAAUUGGAGUCUUUUGGGACAUAGAGAAUUGCCAUGUGCCAAAGAACAAGAGUGCUUCAAGCAUUGUUCAAAGGAUCAGGGACUGUUUCUUUGAGGGCCACAGGGAAGCUGAAUUUAUUGUUGCCUGUGAUAUCCGUAAAGAGAAUCCACAGAUUAUACAAGAUUUAAAUGAUGCACAGGUGAAUAUGAUCCAUGUCUUGUGUACAAGCAAGAAUGCUGCUGAUGAAAAACUGAGGCAAAGUUUGCGGCGUUUUGCAGAGACCCAUCCUCCACCUGCAACUGUGAUUCUGAUAUCUGGUGAUAUUAAUUUUGCUGCUGAUCUUUCAGAUCUCCGUUAUAGAAAGAAAAUCACUGUGAUCCUUAUACACAAUUCAAAUGCAGCAGAUGCUCUCAUAUUAUGUGCAAAUAAAACACUCCCAUUUUCAACAAUAACUGACAACUUACCUCCUCUUAAAAAUAAGGUACAAGAAUCUGUUGAUUUGUUGGUAUCAAAUCUACCUAAAGUAUAUGACAAAAGACUGAAAAUCAGACUUAAGCUGCUUUCUGACAAUUGCGGUGGUCGUGUGACUGAAGUAAAUAAUGACGAAGGCACUGCCAUUUUAAGAUUCUCAUCUCUUGAUUUUGCAUUAAGGGCCCAGAGGCGACUAAAUGGGGAAGAUGUUUAUGGGAGGAAAAUCGUUGUGUCAAAUCCAGCGGAUUGGCGUUCCCACCAUUCGCCAAGAAAUUUUGCUGGUCGAAACAAGGCGAAUAAAGGUGGUAAUAGCAGCGAUAAUGGCCAGUUGGGAUACAAUUUGCCUUCGCAAUGUUACAACGGUAGCCAACAGAACGCGUUCUACAAUCAACCUUCGAGUGGUAGCCGAGAAUUAUCCUGGAGAUCGUUUGGGGAAUCAAACACAUUUCGAACGUCGCGCAGUUGUCCACCUCAUCACCAGAUCGAACAGGUCUGGUCUCAAAGAGGAUUCAAUGGUGGUAGCAGGCCGAGAACACCGCAAGAGGAGACCGGCAAUCCUUUGAGAAGCCAUAAGAAUGGGGCAGCUACUGCAAGUUGCGAUUUUAAUGAUCACAAGGCCUUUUAUUCGUCGAAUAAUACAUUCCAACCGAUAAAUUCGGGACAACAGCAGACGAUCGAGUUAGUGAUCAGCAAUUUUGAUUCAUCUAUCAAAGAUCUCAGAAAUGUUCUUUCGAAUUUAAUUAAGGAGUAUGCCAUGGUGUAUAGUAUUAACAUCACUUGCCAACCAGAUGGUAGUCCAAUAGCAUUGGUAAAAGUAGGUUCGCAGCAGGAUGCGCAUAAUAUCAUUUCCAAACUACACCACUACAAGUUAGGUUUCAAGCGUCUUAUAAUUGCCUACACCCAAAGCAAUACCCUCGAUCCGGAUCAAUUGAAAGAGAUGGUCAUAACGUUGCUCCAGGAAGCCCCGCUAAAUUGCAUGCCGCUUUACCGUCUGCUUUAUUUGCUGGAAGAGCGUUUUUUAACUAACGUUUCCGUUUCCGAGGUCAAUAAAUUACGAGACAUAUGCAGAAUAACCGACGACAAUGGCGAAAGGAUCAUCUCACUUACUCCCGAGAUUAGGUCUUCGCCUCCGGCAAACUUACAACGGGCGCAUAUUUUAUACUGCUCGGUUCACUGCCCGAAUGGUCUGAACGGAAUCGAGGACCUCGGAUGGGAUUCGGAGGAGACCGACGUAACCGAAAUACCUCACAUUAAUAUGCCUUUAAAAGUAUUCGCCAACAAAUUAAACACUCUUCUAUCAUCUCACAUGGGAACCCUACCACUACUAAGUUUUGCCGUUUGCUAUAAACAUGAAUUUGGGGAAACAUUGCCAACUGAUAACAAGGGCGUGCCGUUAGAGCACUUAGUUACAUGCGUCAGCAACGUAAAAUUAAAGUAUGGGGGUUCCAAUCGCAAUACAAAAUAUAUCGUCAGGGAUAUAUUCGUAAAGUCCAACGAAAAGGAUGAAUCUUUUAUGACUAGUCUAUCGCCAUCGAUCACUUCUAAUAUAAGCUUGUUGAGUCGGGAACUGGUUGAUCUGCUAAAAACCACCGAGAGGUGCCAACUCCAACUGAACAAAUACAUUCCAGCAUAUCACCAUCAUUUUGGCCGCCAAUUACGUGUUGCAGAUUAUGGGUACACAAAACUAAGUGAUCUACUGCAUAGUCAACCAAUCUCCAACGUAGUACAAAUAUUGGGAGAGGGUGCCAAAAGGAUAAUCACCUUGACGCAUUCCACGCAAAUGCGACGAUUCACGUCUGAUCUACUGCGUGUUCUGAAGAGCCUCCUUUCUAAGCAGCUAACGGCGCAAGAAUUCCCAGCAGCUUAUGAACGUGUCCUCAAUAAAUCAUUCAAUGCCAUCGAAUACGGUCUUUGUUGUCUAGAUGAUUUGCUAGAUGAAGUCCCUGAGAACAUUAUAGUAAUCACGAAAAAAGAGGAUUCUAUCAGCAUCGCAAUCCCAAAACGUGAGCAAACCGGAGAGGAAAUCAUUCGCACCAAACAGUUUGCCGAAGAGGUCAUUAAAUUGCUCUCGUACUCGCCACAGUGUUCAAUGAUAUUUAACAAAUUCGUGCCAGCCUAUCAUCACCAUUUUGGACAUCAGUGCAAGGUAUCCGAUUACGGGUUCACCAAACUGAUAGAACUUUUUGAAGCGAUUCCUGAAACGGUUAAAGUGGAGGAACUGUCGGAUGGUGAGAGGAAAGUAUCAUUGACUUUGCCGAAAGCAUUAAACCUUAGGGGUCAUCAAAUUGCGGAUCUGAUAAAAAAAUCCCAUCUCUCAUACUUGCCGCUGGAAGGAUUAGCUUCUUCCUUCCAAAGAGAGUACGGAUUUCCACUGAAAGCACAUUAUUACGAAUGCAAGGAUAUUAACGAGUUGGUCUCUAAACUGAGUGAUAACGUGAAGAUAACAUACAGUAAUGCUGGUCCGCUAUUGGUCCCGGUCGAGAAUGAGAACCAAUCCACGCUGACGUUGAGAAUAUGGGCGUUGCUCAUUAAUCCUCCACACCAUAUGAAUCUGAAAACACUGAUCAAGCUGUACAAUAGUCGAUACCAAUGCAACAUAACCAUGGCAACUUUGGAUCAGUUAAAUAAUGUGAUUAUUAACAAAUCGUCAAACAUGGAAUCGAUUUUCCUCAGUCCGCAAUACUCAACAGCGGCGAAAAUCUACUUAAUGUUAUACAAAGAGGGAGGUCAAGUGGCCUACAAUUAUCUGGAGAACAUAUACAGAAAGACCUAUGGUGUUUCGCUUAUACAAAGCGAAGAGGAUACAUUCGAGAAACUACUCGGCGAUUUUAGUUUUUUAAUCGUUAUGCGGAGAACCAGGAAGAAAACAAACAUCGCUCUUAAUCCGAAAAUUACAGAUUACGGAUUAUUGUUGCCGAAUACUUCCAACGGCGGGAAUAACAACAACAACCACUUCGCGAGAAUGGACGAUGGUAUGAGUUGGCCUCCACCUCCUGCUCACGAUUUGGUAUUGGACAGCAACAAUAGAGGAAUUACACCACCUAAACCUGACACGCCACCUGCUCCGGGAAAAGCUCCGUGGAAUAAUUGGGACACGCCUACAAAAUUCAACUCGAACAUGGAUUUCUCAAUCUCGUUGCCAACUGCUAGAACACCGAAGCUGAUGGGUAAUUCUGAUUCGCUGAUUUCGCCAACGCGCAAUCUUCUGCCUGCCAAUCCGCACCCGAUGAUGCCAAUUAUGUCACCACCCGCCGCCUAUGAGCUGCCGAUGCCAGACAAAUUACUGAGAAAAGGCAUAUUCUCGGAUGAUUCCACCGAUUCCGGUGUGAACAACUCCCAGAUCGUCUCUGAAAACGAAAUGGACAUAUCCAACAAUGAGCAAACUGGCACCAAACCAAAAUACACCAACUUGAAGCCGGAGUUGCUCAGUUACAAAAUGUAAUUUAUUAAAAGCAUAAAUCGUCAAAAAACGCACAAUUUUGAUGAGGUAGCAAGCAAACAAACAAACAAAGAAAAUAGAAAGAAAAGAAAGUAUAUAUAUUUAUAAAUGUUGUGUUUGUCGAUAUAUGUGAUUUACAUAUUAUUAGGUAUUUUCGUGUUGCUUUUCAGCUCUGUAUGUUAAAUAUGUAUUUCAUUAGCCACUCAAUAAAAUACAUAUGUUAACACGGCUGAUAAUGCAAAGCGAACGGCGAUUUUCCUCCCUGUUCCCAUCAUAUUAAGAGAAAAUGUAAAUUUGGCAUAAUUAUCGCGGAACGAUGCGUGCAUGCGCCCCUUUAGUAUUAUCGUAUAAUUUUAAUGUCCAUUUUAAUUUGUUCAGUUUUGUGAAUCUGUGAUUUAUAAUUGUUUUAAUCAUAAACCACCAAAGAUUUUUUUUAAAGUAAUAAUAAUGAUUGUUUGUUCUUUUAAUAUCUGUUGCAUCGUCAAAUAUAGCAAGUAGUAGAAAUAUAUGAAAUGUAUUCAAUGUGUAUUAAGUGUGUGAGCAUGGGCUAAAAAAAUAUAAACGAAAAGAAAAAGUAGAAUAAUAACACCCCAACAAAUUGAGAUAUUAAGGCAGAAAAAUAAAAAAGGAAAAAAAUAUAUAUUUUUUUAAAAGAUGUAAUAACAAAACAGGGUCUUAUUGGAUUACAUCUUAGAUUGAUAAUACUGAUUUGUAAUAACAAUGUUAAUUUAUUAUGAUAUAUGUAUACAUAUAUUAACUGGGUCUUUUGCAAGAGCUCAAUUUUUAAUGUAGUUUAAGGAGAAGGCAAGGAAACGAAAUAAUUGUUUAUUUUGUAUGUGCAGUAUCGAUUUCAAAAUGACUUUUCGAAAAUCGUUUGUUUGGUGGAUUAUUCUCGCUGAUUUCUUGAAAAUCACUGUCGCUAAUCCAGAAUUAACAAAUAUACAUUACCGAUUCAUAAUUUCAUCUAAUUAUUUGAAAUUAGCAAAAGAAUGAGCCCAAAAGACUGCUGCUUUCGUUUAUGUACAAUUUCAUUCUGAGGCAAGAGCAAGCACAUCACAUUAUUGAAGUAUUUGUACAUUCUUAUAUUAUAUAUUCUCUCUUUUAUAUGAAUUCUGACACUUUGAUUAUUGUAUUGAUUAUUUUUAGCUAAUUAAGUUUAGGUAUACAUACAUUUUCUCACUUUCUGUCUGUACCUCUUGUCUCUCCCAUUUGGUUGCCUCACACAUCAAAUCUGUUGUAUAUCCAUAAAUAAUUAUGAUUUUUUUAUGUAUUAUUAUAUUAUUUUUAAGUAAAGAGAAAUAAUUAAAUUGA